AUGGCGGAUUCUGCGACGGAGAUCGACCUCGACUCAGUCAUUGACAGGCUUUUGGAAGUGCGCGGGAACCGUCCGGGCAAGCCUGUCCAGCUCCAGGAGUACGAGAUCAAGUAUCUUUGCACAAAAGCUCGCGAGAUUUUUAUCAACCAGCCCAUUUUACUCGAGCUGGAGGCCCCCAUCAAGAUAUGCGGCGACAUUCACGGGCAAUACUAUGACCUGCUGCGACUGUUCGAGUACGGCGGAUUCCCACCAGAAGCAAAUUAUUUGUUCCUCGGAGACUACGUCGACCGCGGCAAGCAGUCACUAGAGACAAUCUGUUUGCUGCUGGCAUACAAGAUCAAGUACCCCGAGAACUUCUUUGUCUUGAGGGGCAAUCACGAAUGUGCGAGUAUCAACCGAAUCUACGGAUUCUACGAUGAAUGCAAGCGCCGUUACAACAUCAAACUGUGGAAGACAUUCACGGAUUGUUUCAAUUGCCUGCCCAUCGCGGCCAUCAUCGAUGAGAAGAUUUUCACAAUGCAUGGUGGUUUGUCGCCAGACUUGCAGUCCAUGGAGCAGAUUCGAAGAGUUAUGCGCCCCACGGAUGUCCCCGAUACGGGUUUGCUGUGCGAUCUCCUAUGGUCAGACCCCGACAAAGAUAUCACAGGCUGGUCAGAGAACGACCGAGGAGUGUCAUUUACCUUCGGACCGGACGUGGUCUCGAGGUUCUUGCAGAAACAUGACAUGGACCUCAUCUGCCGAGCGCAUCAGGUCGUCGAGGAUGGCUACGAAUUCUUCGCGAAGCGACACCUGGUGACGCUAUUCUCUGCACCCAACUAUUGCGGCGAAUUCGAUAACGCGGGUGCCAUGAUGAGUGUGGACGAGACAUUAUUGUGCUCCUUCCAGAUACUGAAACCCGCCGAGAAGAAGGCGAAGUAUCCAUAUGGUGGCGUCAACAUGGGGCGGCCGGUAACACCGCCGCGCAAACAGAAGAAGAAGGAUGCGAGCAAGAUGGGCUGA